CGCGCCGGGCAGUUCGCGCGGGAGCCGGGCGCAGGGGUUCGGGGGCUGCGCGUCGGUAGGAACUGAAGCCGCGGCGAGGUGCGGAGAAAGCCAGGAUGGCGACUCCGAGUAGGAAGACCUCGACCCCGACCCCCGGGGCUUCCAAGCGAGCUCUACCAAGAGACUCUUCGUCGGAGGUCCCGAGCAAGAGAAAGAAUUCGGCCCCGCAGCUGGCGCCGCUGCCGUCGUCCGGGCCUUUCGUGGAAGGCUCUAUCGUCCGCAUCUCGAUGGAGAACUUCCUAACAUAUGAUGUUUGUGAAGUAUCUCCUGGACCACACUUGAAUAUGAUUAUUGGAGCUAAUGGAACAGGGAAAUCAAGUAUCGUCUGUGCCAUUUGCCUUGGAUUAGCAGGCAAACCUGCUUUUAUGGGACGAGCAGAUAAGGUUGGGUUUUUUGUGAAGAGAGGAUGUUCCAAAGGCAUGGUUGAAAUUGAAUUAUUCAGGGCUUCUGGAAAUCUCAUAAUCACCCGUGAGAUUGAUGUGGCAAAAAAUCAGUCAUUUUGGUUCAUCAAUAAAAAAUCUACAACCCAGAAAGUAGUGGAAGAGCAAGUUGCAGCCUUAAAUAUUCAAGUGGGCAAUCUCUGCCAGUUUCUACCUCAGGACAAAGUGGGAGAAUUUGCAAAACUCAGUAAAAUUGAGCUCCUUGAAGCUACUGAGAAGUCAGUUGGUCCUCCGGAAAUGCAUAGAUAUCACUGUGAACUCAAAAACUACAGGGAGAAAGAAAAGCAACUAGAGACCUCAUGCAAAGAGAAAACUGAGUAUCUAGAGAAAAUGGUUCAGAGAAAUGAAAGGUACAAACAAGAUGUGGAGAGAUUCUAUGAACGUAAGCGACAUUUAGAUUUAAUUGAGAUGCUUGAAGCAAAAAGGCCAUGGGUGGAAUAUGAAAAUGUUCGUCAGGAAUAUGAAGAAGUAAAACUAGCUCGAGACCGAGCGAAGGAAGAGGUGAGAAAACUUAAGGAAGGGCAAAUUCCUAUGACUCGUCGAAUUGAAGAAAUUGAAGACCAGCGUCACAGUUUGGAGGCUCAAAUAAAAGAAAAGGCAGCAGAUAUUAAGGAGACGUCUCAGAAAUGCAAACAAAAGCAAGAUGUUAUAGAAAGGAAAGAUAAACACAUUGAGGAACUGCAGCAGGCUUUAAUAGUAAAGCAAAAUGAAGAGCAUGACCGACAGAGGAGAAUAAGUAAUACCCGCAAAAUGAUAGAGUAUUUGCAAAAUGAACUAAAGACUGCAGAAAACUGUGAGAAUCUUCAGCCCCAGAUUGAUGCCAUUACAAAUGAUCUGAGACGAAUUCAAGAUGAAAAGGCAUUAUGUGAAGGCGAGAUAAUUGAUAAACGAAGAGAGAGGGAGACUCUAGAGAAGGAGAAGAAGAGUGUGGAUGAUCAUAUUAUACGUUUUGACAGUCUGAUGAAUCAAAAGGAAGAUAAGCUGAGACAGAGAUUCCGUGACACAUAUGACGCUGUUUUAUGGCUGAGAAAUAACAGAGACAAGUUUAAGCGAAGAGUCUGUGAGCCGAUAAUGCUCACGAUCAAUAUGAAAGAUAAUAAAAAUGCCAAAUACAUUGAAAAUCAUAUUCCAUCAAAUGACUUGAGAGCCUUUGUAUUUGAAAGUAAAGAAGAUAUGGAAGUUUUCCUCAAAGAGGUUCGUGACAAUAAAAAAUUAAGAGUAAAUGCUGUUACUGCUCCACAGAGUUCAUAUGCAGACAAAGCACCUUCGAGAUCUCUGAAUGAACUAAAACAAUAUGGAUUUUUCUCUUAUUUGAGAGAAUUAUUCGAUGCACCUGAUCCUGUAAUGAGUUACCUUUGCUCUCAGUAUCAUAUUCAUGAAGUUCCUGUAGGAACUGAAAGGACCAGAGAAAGAAUUGAACGAGUAAUACAAGAAACCCGAUUAAAACAGAUUUAUACAGCAGAAGAAAAAUAUGUGGUGAAAACUUCUUUUUAUUCAAACAAAGUUAUUUCUAGUAACACCUCUCUGAAAGUUGCCCAGUUUCUCACAGUCACUGUGGACCUAGAGCAAAGAAGACUCUUGGAAGAACAGCUAAAGGAAAUAAACAGAAAAUUGCAAGCAGUGGAAUCAGGGUUGAUUGCCUUACGUGAGACAAGCAAACAUCUAGAACACAAAGACAAUGAACUUAGACAAAGGAAGAAGGAGCUUCUUGAGAGAAAAACCAAGAAACGACAAUUGGAACAAAAAAUUAGUUCCAAACUAGGAAGUUUAAAGCUGAUGGAACAGGAUACUUGCAACCUUGAAGAAGAAGAGCGAAAAGCAAGUACUAAAAUCAGAGAAAUAAAUGUUCAGAAAGCCAAACUUGUUACUGAAUUAACAAACCUAAUAAAGAUUUGUACUUCUUUGCAUAUACAAAAAGUAGAUUUAAUUCUUCAAAAUACUACAGUUAUCUCCGAGAAGAACAAAUUAGAAUCAGAUUACAUGGCUGCAUCUUCUCAACUCCGUCUCAUAGAGCAACAUUUCAUUGAGUUGGAUGAAAAUAGACAAAGAUUAUUGCAGAAAUGCAAGGAACUCAUGAAGAGAGCGAGGCAAGUAUGUAACCUGGGUGCAGAGCAGACUGUUCCUCAAGAAUAUCAGACACAAGUACCCACCAUUCCAAAUGGACACAACUCCUCACCCCCCAUGGCUUUCCAAGAUCUUCCAAACACAUUGGAUGAAAUUGAUGCUUUACUCACUGAAGAAAGAUCAAGAGCUUCCUGCUUCACAGGACUGAAUCCUACAGUUGUUGUGGAAUAUACAAAAAGAGAAGAAGAAAUAGAGCAGUUAACUGAGGAACUGAAGGGAAAGAGAGUUGAACUAGACAAAUACAGGGAAAACAUUUCGCAGGUAAAAGAAAGGUGGCUUAAUCCUUUAAAAGAGCUAGUAGAAAAAAUUAAUGAAAAAUUCAGCAACUUUUUUAGUUCCAUGCAGUGUGCUGGUGAAGUUGAUCUCCAUACAGAAAAUGAGGAAGAUUAUGAUAAGUAUGGAAUUCGAAUUAGAGUCAAGUUUCGCAGUAGUACUCAACUGCAUGAAUUAACUCCUCAUCAUCAGAGUGGAGGUGAAAGGAGUGUUUCUACCAUGUUAUACUUGAUGGCACUUCAGGAGCUUAAUAGAUGUCCAUUCAGAGUAGUUGAUGAAAUCAAUCAGGGAAUGGACCCAAUUAAUGAACGGAGAGUGUUUGAAAUGGUUGUAAAUACUGCCUGUAAAGAAAACACAUCUCAGUACUUCUUCAUUACACCAAAGCUCCUACAAAAUCUUCCUUAUUCUGAAAAGAUGACAGUAUUGUUUGUCUACAAUGGUCCUCAUAUGCUGGAACCAAACAGAUGGAAUUUAAAGGCUUUCCAAAGGCGGCGGCGCCGUAUUACAUUCACUCAGCCUUCUCAGUAAAAGUAAAAAGAAGGAAUUUGGGAAUUUCUCUGUUAAAUUCUGUUUAUCAGUAUGGCUCAACUGAAUAAAAGUAAGAAGAUUCAUUAAAACUGAAAAAUCGGUAUUUUUGGAAACCUGCUUUUCAACACAAAUAGGUUGGCAGAAUGGAGACCAUAAUGACUUCUUCCUGUGGAAUAUCAUCUGGUAAUAAAAGUUUAGUCUUCUUCAUUGUUGGUUGAACUUGAGUUCUUAGUACUCUAACCGUGAGUCCUUGGGUUCCCAUGUGAAAAGGUACUUAACUAUUAGAAAUCAAAGGUACAGUGGAAGGGUAGUUACCAAUUAUAGGUUUACUUGACAUGGUAGCUCUGAGCUUUAAUUGCAGAGUAACUAAUUACUUUUUAGAGCAUAAAGAUGACUCUAGAGCUUAAGUCCUGGUUUCCUCCCAAUGUUAUAUUUAAUUUUAAAAAAUUGAUAGGGAAUUAUCUAGUCUAAUGUAUAGUAAUAAUUUAUGAUAAAUCUAUUCAUUUCUUCCUAUUAAAAAGAUUAUCCAAUCUCCACUAGGAAAUGGAAUUUUAUGGGCCUUUAAAACUUUUGUUUUUGAAACUUGAUGGUGUAAUUGUAUUGGUAUAUCAAAGAAGAAUAAAAGCACCAGGGUUCAAAAAUGGUAGCAGGACUUGUUUGAUAUACUACAGGUGGCCAUUAGAUGAUGCAAAAUGCAACCAAAAGAGUGAUAGAGAAUAAAAUCAGGUGGCAAGGGUUUUUAAAGAAUAACCUUGUAAAGUGUGUAAUGGGGGGGUGUUUUCAUUUUUAUUUUUAAUUUAAAGUCAAUUGUAUUUUACAUCUUAAAUUUCUAAAAGCAUUUUUAUAAUUAUUUUUAGUAAGAUUUUUCUUAAGAUUUCAUAUACUGGUUUCUACAAUUUAUAUGUGAAAUUUCUCAGUGUUAUGUAAAGAGUGAGGAAAAAGCAUUGAUUUGUUUAAAACCAUAAUGUUUUUAGAACUUAGCUUAUAGGUCCUUCCUUAUAGUGUGGAUCUAUCCAUUAUCUUAGAAAAUCUCACUUAAAUUGUUUUCUUUCAGCUUGAAAGCAUUAAAUGAGAAAAUCAUUUGUUUAUCUUUGAGUUAUACUAAUUAACAGAGCCAAACAAAUUCUAUUCUUUUAAAAAAUAAAUCUUAUAAGAAAAUGGACUAGUCCAAGGGCAUAUCUUUAAACAGUGGAUUGGAUCUGUGCCAGUAAUAACAAAGUUACUUUUUUUUUACUUGCUUGCCUGAAUAAAUUGAAGAAUUGUAUUCA